AUGCGCCACGGACCAGCGAACUGUGGACGUGUUGGAGCCAAACCAGCCAAAGGGCUGGGUGCCCUCGAGCCGUCCGUUCCUUGGGCACGCACUGCAGCACGAGAGGCGUUCAACCGGCUCCAGCAGCUAAGCGCCGUCUCGUCCAGCCAGCACGAGAAGACGUUUUCUUUGGGAGGCGCCGUUGCUGCCGCUGCCGAGCAUCAGCGGGCCCCGGGUUCCUGCAGCUUUGUUGCGUCUACACCUGAACAAACCCCCGUCCUUGCAUCCGGCCCUGCCUCCUCUCGGUGCGAGGCCAGGUCCGAACUGGCGCUGGCGCAGCAAAACCCCUGA